AUGCUAGCAUUGUACGCCGCGGUGCUCUUUUUCAUACCCGUGGCAAUUGCACAGGAAUGGCUGUCUGAUCCGCGCGCAAAUCUCCGCCCGAUUAAUAUUACCGGCUUACCGUAUUACAUUUAUCGCUGGACUGGCUCCUACUACAAUGGCUCAACGACGAUCCGCAUAGAGCCAAAGGAAUUCGAAGACGACACGGACAAGGACACAAGACUCACCCAGCCUAUUGAGAUAACCUAUGAGAAUUCUAUUCUUGCCAUUGUCAAGUCCAAUCGAUUCGUCAAGGACCAGAAUGAACUCACCUUCUCGCUGCGGUACUGGGACAAGCAACUCAACAUCACACCCGUGCACGAUGACGCAGAUGGGCCGAUUAACUCGAUCCGAAAUAUUGACUCUGUAGACAUGAACCGGUACUACCGACCAUCGGGUACGUUGCCGCCGUAUUGGCAGCUGGACAGCACGCACGGCUCCGGAACUUCAUACUCGUUCGGUGGCCAGCGCAACUCGACCGUGCUGCAGAGCCUCCGCUUCAACUGCUCCCAGUGCCUCUCCAGCAACGAGUUUGGCGGAUCCAUCGUCAACCCGCCGAAGCGCCGCGGCGCCGAUAAUCCGCUCAACGUCACCAGCUUCCCCUCGGUCAGCGGGCAGUUCAACAACCGGUCGGCCUCGCUGCGCAUCAGCGGCACCUUUGUCGGCGGCGACCGGCCGCCGGGCGAUGGGCGCAGCGAGGUGCACCUCGGCGGGCCGAUCACGAUCAGCUUCCUCGGGGAGCUCGACGAGCUCCGGUCGGACGUCCUGCUGCCGAGCAGAAACGGGACGCCGCUGUGGAACUCGACGCUGGGAUACAAGAGGCAGCUGUACGGGAACGCGGCGACGGCCAUGGCAUCGGCGAAGGGGGCAUUUUGCGCUUGCAUCGUGACUGCUUUGGUGGCUGCGUUUGGGAGUAUCAAUUUGUACAGCAUGAAUAUUACCGAUCGUGAACAAAAUGCAUUCUUGGCCUUGCUCAACGGACAAGCUGGACGUUACGAAGCUACGAAAAGAUACAUCAAGACGAUCAUCGAGAGCGGAAUCGAGCCGAGCGACGAGGAGCAAAAACUACUGAGCGUCGCGUACAGCAAGCUGCAGCAUGGCCUGCGCGCCUCCUGGCGGGCCAUGUCCGCCGUCGAGGAGGACCAGCGAGCCAGCAACGGCAAGCAUCUCGGACUGAUCGAGGAAGCGCGCAGGGGCGUCGAGGCAGAGCUCGAGGAGCUGUGCGAUGAGGUGAUUGAUCUCGUGGACAAGCACAUCUACCCGAGCGCCACCACGGAUGAAACACUCCUCUUUUGCCUGAAAAUGUUUGACAUUUACUUGACAAAUGCAAAGGGGCCCCCUCAGAACGCUAAUUUCUGUGACAGGAGAGGUGACUACAAUCGGUAUAGUGCGGAGUGCACGUCCGAGGAGAAGCGCAUCGUGCGGACAGAGCUGGCCGCCUCGGCUUACGGCAUCCGCUUCGAUGCGGGAAGCUCGCUGCGGAUGAGCAUCAUAGUCAACGCAGCCGUCUUCUACUACGACAUCAUGGGCAUGCACGAGGGCGCGAUCGAGCUGACGGAGACCGAGCUGAGUAAGGCGGCGGAGGCGCUGGGCAAUUCGGUUGGCGAGGACAUCAAGGCGAUCAUGGGCCUCCUCCAGGCCAACUUGCGGCUAUGGAGGGCGGACCAGAGUCGAUGA